AUGUCGGCUCAACUUUAUCAGACCCUUGGCGAAGAUCUGUUGGCUUCCUUCAAUGAAAAGAGAUACACGGACAUUACGAUAACGACUGAACAAGGAACACCUAACGCGAGAACUUUUCGGUCGCACAGAUUUAUACUUUACUCUCGUUCUCAAUAUUUUCGAGAAAUUUUGUCUGAUGGUAAUGAUAUCGAGAAUAUCGAACUUCCUGACAUUUCAGGUGAGAUCUUUGAAGAUUUGCUCGGUGGAAAGGUCAACUUGGGCCAUAGAUCAGGUUCGGAAGUUCUUGACCUGUUACUUGGAGCUGAAAAACUUGCCCUUGAUCUCGUCAACAGCAUACAAUCUUUCAUUAUUGAGCAACAUGGUAACUGGUUAAAUGAGCACUUCGCUCAUAUUCAUCAUGUGAGUAAUAAAUAUGAAACCUUUGAACAACUACGUGCUUUCUGCGCUCAUACCGUCAACAACACCCCUGAGGUAGUUUUCCUGGCUUCCGAUUUCACAAAUCUUCCCGAGAAAUUUAAUGAUUUUCAAGAGGCGAUUCUCAGUCGCGUUAAUGUUGUUUCAAAGGCUGUGAGUUGGGAAUUGGAAUAUGGUCCAUCCUUUGGAAAUGAUUUAAUAAUGAUUGGGCCCAACCUCCAAAAGCGUUGUCUCUGUAACGUUUCGAAUCUGCCGCAAGUGUAUGAAAAAAAACUGCGAAACUCUUCUAGCGAAUUUGAAAUAGUCGAUUAUGAAGUAUACCAAAUUCGAACAAAG